AUGAGCAACAAUGUGCCAGCGGGGGCCACAAAUGGAGGGAUGAACAACUCUUCGUCUCGUCUUGAAAUGAUGGAGAGAGGAGAUGUACCAGUACCAGUAGUGCCAGCUCGGCCACCAGGGAUCUCUCACGGUCGGUCCUCCACUGCACCAACUCCUCUCCCUCCAGCCGGUGGUACUAGUACUGCUACCUUGGAGUCCAGCAGUCGCAGUCUGCCAUUCCAUAGGCCAUGUACUAGCUUGUCGCCAAAUCACCUGCGGGGAAACAAUUCCUCCCUGCAAGGCCAGCAGCAGCAGCAGCAGUCGAUGGGGUAUCCAAAUACCCACCGGCAACCAGAAGGACAGAACCCUUUUUCGUCACCCAAUUACCCGCCAGGACAAACCCAUGCGACGUCUCCCCCGUCCAGCUCAUCACCACGAGCAGCAACAGCAGAGUCAACUACAAUACCAAGAUUUCAAUUCCAUCCACCGUAUUCCACUUCUCCGACGAACCUUAAUACUACUAGUAGUACCAAUGCUACCCCCAAUGCUGCUAUUGCCUCGAAUCCUUACAACAACCUACCCUCUGGAGCGGAUCUCAGUUAUAUCCAAAUCAUGGACGAUGCUAUCCUCAAACCGCAUGAUACCGGCAGCAAUAGGGAAUCCAAUUCGUUUCCACGGCGCCAUGGAAAAAUUGAUAGCUCCACCAACACCACAAUGGCGUCGUCUAGCAGCAACGUUGCCCAAUGGUUCGCUCUGGAAACAACCGCCGAAGAUCGACUCUCCUGGAGGAUUAUCACCGAGGAAGUCAAAGAUCUUUUCAAGGAACUCUAUCACUUUGCCCGAAAUCGACAUUGGAAGAAAAAAGUACUCACGGUCUCGGUCAUGGUGAUUUUUUCAGUGGUCUUUUACGAUUUAUUCGUCCGAGAUGACUCGUUCAUUGAACAAUGGAUUGACGAAUUCUUGCUUUGGAUGACACAAUAUCCAACCGCGGCCGAAUUCGCCUACGUGGGCAUUUACAUUGUCGCCACCUUGUGUUUCAUCCCACCCACGCUGUUGCUGCUGGGAGCGGGAUGGGCAUUUACCAUGGCAUGGCAGGGACGAAUGGGAUAUGGCGUCGUGGCGGCCGUCAUUGCCUGCUUUGUGGGAUCCGUACUGGGAGCGUUGGCCAGUUUUGUUCGGGCUCGUUACAUGAUGCGAGAAUUGAUUGAUCUGUUUGCCCAACGAUACCCCAUUGUCAAGGCAGCGGAUCAAGCCCUUCAAAGAGAUGGACUCCGCAUCAUGCUGCUCUUGCGAUUGUGUCCUCUCAUACCCUUUCAUGGACUCAACUAUCUGGGAGGAAUUACACAGUUAGAUUGGAGGACCUUUUUAUGUUCAUUGGUGGGAAUGCUCCCGUACCAAAUACUCAUCAUCACCAUGGGGGCUUCGGCAGGAUCCUUGGCGUACAUUAAACAAAACGAUGACGACGAGGAAAACGAUAGUGAAGCGCAGUUCCAGAAUAUUGAUGACAUUACACAUGGUCAUGGUCAUGAAAUGCUAUUGCUGAUUGUGACGAGCAUGGGCGUUGCCACGCUCAUCAUUGCCAUGGUUCUUACCUUUCGAUUCACCAAAAAGGAACUGCAAAAGGAGCUCCAGAUUGGAGAGGAUGAAAUGGAAUGUUACAUUACUACUGUUCGGCGCAUGUCCGUUCUUGAUUUGGAAUAUCUGGCUGACUUGGAUGAUGACGAAUCUAGGAACGAAGGUCUGGAGGUACCCGACUCUGGCCACCGAAAUCAGGAACCACAAACUUCUCCCAGGAGAGAGACAAUGAUGUCCAGCGUCUACAAUUGGGCUUCUGGUUACGGUAUGGCAGCAGCACCAAGAGCAACAACACCAUCCGACUACCAAGCAAUGGAUGCCACAAAGCAAUGGAUGAAAGCACGCAAUAGAACUCCCCCAGUGACAGACACCCACAGGCAAGAUGGUUUCUGA